AAGUCAACUGUUGUCGUACAUUGAAUGUGUUUUGAUUACUUUACUUUACUUCGCUAAGAUAUGUUAUUGAUCAUAAAAUGCAAGAUAAUUAUAUCGUAGAAUUUUAAUGAGAUACUGUCAGUUUUCUAUGCUCUUUUAAAAUCACGAAAUAUGUGCGAUCACUUACUGGCAUAUUCUCACCACUAUUAAAAGCUCUAGCCGUGUUAUGAAACUUUAGGUAUUCAUUAGUAGGUCCGAAUCUUUAACUGCUAUGAGGCGAAUUUAUGUGAACUUCAGAAUUAGUAAAAAAUAAAAAUUGUUCUAUGUUUAUUGUUAGUUGGAUGUAUGCAAUUUCUAAAGUAUAAAAAAUUAGUACUUGAAUCGUUAUUCAAUCGCAAAUAUGACGGAAUCCGGAAUUGAUUUGGGCUUUGAUAUGGAGUUUGAUCUAAAUAUAAGCUUGUUAAAUGAUAACGAAAAUAUGGAUUUCUUACCAAAUGUUACUGAGAAUAUGGAAUUCUAUGAAUUGAAAUCAUCAUCACGCUGUUUACGGCAUAAUGAAAUACCUACAUUUAAAACUGCUACUCCCACUUCACGAACACAACUAAAACUGCAGCUACAACGGGAACAACAGCAACAAAUGAUGAUACAACAACAGACUCUAGACACUGCUAUGGACCCAAAAAUGCACCUAUUGUUUGGCAGUGGGCAGGGGCUCAUGGAAUCGGAAUUCAUUGACAGCGGUAGUACCAGUGCUUGUGGCAGCGGGUCAUCCAGUUUAGAACAAAUGUCUCAGUUAGUGCAAAUGGACAAUUUAAUUGAAUCGUCAAGUGGAGCCAAGCUUAAAGUUCCUCUUCAAAGUAUAGGAGUAGAUGUGCCGCCCCAAGUGCUGCAGGUCAGUACAGUGCUUGAAAACCCCACAAGGUAUCACGUUAUCCAAAAGCAAAAGAAUCAAGUGAGACAAUAUCUCAGUGAAUCCUUUAAGCCGUCUAUAUGGGGCAGUCAUACCAGCGAAAUAAAAUUAGCAAAUAAUUCGGUGUCAACGGUAAAUCUUCAAAAUUCAUCUUUACAGAAAGAUAUUUGCGACCCAUUGGAGCGUACAAACCGAUUUGGAUGCGAUUCGGCUGUGAGUGCUAAAAGAAUUAUGCCUUCCGAUGACGCAAUGCCAAUUUCCCCGUUCGGUGGUAGUUUUGUACGAUGUGAUGACAUAAAUCCAAUUGAGCCAACUAUAUUAGGACCUAAUAAUCAUGGUUCUGGGGAACCAGAAAAUGCACAUAGAACCGCCCAGUUGGGACUUAUUAAAGCUAAUUCAAGCCUAAGCUCAACGCGUUCUUCUUCAGGGAUUGUUAAUUCAAUUCGAAUUUCCAGUACAUCAAGUUCGUUACAGUCUACCUCAGCUCCUAUUUCGCCGAGCGUAAGUUCGGUUGCAACGAGUGUCUCUGAGCUACCAUCAUUCGACAGCGAUCCAGAUGACAUCUUUGAUGAUAUUUUACAAAAUGACUCUUUUAACUUUGAUAAAAACUUCAACUCUGAGCUUUCAAUUAAACAGGAACCUCAAAAUUUAACUGAUGCUGAAAUGAAUGCCCUAGCCAAGGACAGACAAAAGAAAGACAACCACAAUAUGAUUGAGCGAAGGCGACGAUUUAAUAUAAAUGACAGAAUAAAAGAGCUUGGUACCCUUUUGCCAAAGGGCAGUGAUGCUUUUUACGAAGUGGUUCGAGAUAUUCGUCCAAAUAAGGGGACAAUAUUGAAGUCCUCUGUUGACUACAUUAAAUGCUUGAAACAUGAAGUGACUCGCUUAAGACAAAAUGAGUUACGUCAACGUCAAGUAGAGUUACAAAAUAGAAAGCUCAUGUCUCGAAUAAAAGAAUUGGAAAUGCAGGCCAAGUCCCAUGGAAUUACGUUAUCAGAAAACCACUUAACAUCACUAUCAGCGCCUACUCAACCUUAUCUUAAAAGUUUUAGCCUGUCGCCUACUGCUUCUCGGAGUCGUCGAUCACUAUUUGACAAACCUGUUGAAAAAAAAAUACAAGUUAUUGAUGGUGUCGAUGCAAAUAUGAGAAUGAAUCAGAUUGAUGAGUUUAUGGAUGAUUGCAAGUAUGCAGUCCAAGGCGGCGAUCCGAUGUUGUCCUCGCAUAGUCACAUGGAAUCCGCGCCACAAUCACCGAGUUCAAAACAAUUGAAUAGUGCAAGUUUUGAACCAAAGAAUUUUUCGGAGGCUGAUGAAAGCCUUUUUAGAGGCAAAUCAAGUUUAGCAUCAGAUGACUGUUGCGGUAUUAGUUGCAGUACUUCGUGCUAUAUUCAACACCAAUUGCCAUCGCGUGAUGGCUAUCCAAAUCAUUCUCACCACACGGGUAUACGAGAAAUUCGUAGUUUGUCUGAUUCGGCUCAGAACUCAGAGUUUAGUAGGCUUGAGCAUUGCGAUGAUCCACUUCUCUCAUCUUCCCAUAGGUCACUUGGCACAGUAGACGAAGAUCAACAUAAUUCAGUUGAUAUGUCUGCAGUCAUGGUACAUGACUCCCUAUCCGCUUUGGUAGAUGACAACAAUAGCGAAACAAUGGUUCUUGCAUCUGACACAUUGGAUAUUGAGUUAUAAAUGAUCAAGUUGUGAAAAUUCGAUAUAAUUUUUUGGAGGAAUUAUGUUAAAUUCUACAAGGCUUAAAAGGUCAUAUCCUUUACAGUUUGUCAAACUCAGUGAACUUAAAAUAACAUGCGCUGUUAUAUGUGUAGACCGUUUAUUUCAAUUCAUACUAUUGAUUCACUGAACAUUACGUUUACAAAUGUAUUAUGAUAAAAACGACUUAAAGCUAUCUAUGUUUAAACGGUAUAACCAAACACCAUAUUAAAUUUGUUACCUUAGUUUUAGUAAAUGGAAACUGUUAGACUGUGACGAAACAAAUAUAUGUAUCAACACUUACUUCCAAGAACUACAUAGGCACAAACAAAAUAUACCGAUGAGAGAAAACAAAUUUUAAGUUUUUAAGUUAUUGUGGAUCUUUUGAUAAGAUUUGUUAUUUUCAGCUCAUAUAAUUUGAAAAAAAAAUGCAAUAAAAAUGGUCAAAAAUUACACCAUUUUACCAUUAAUCUUAAUCAUCAGGUAUAAUUUCAGAGCGCCUUCCUAUUUAAAUAAGGAGUUGUGAUAAUUGUGUGUAUUAACAUUGACAAAUGUUUUAUGUAUAAAAUAAGUAAAAGAUUCCUUAAAUAUUGAAUAUAUUAAUUUUGUUCGGCCUUAUAUAUACUACCAAAAUUUGAAUAAAAUGACUAGUGCUUAUCCCACUUUUAAACUUCUGCAGGGGGACUUCAGCAUUAAAAAGAUUAUUUAUUUUAAGGAAAUGGACUAUUUGAAACUUAAAGACAACUGAUUUUAUAAAAUAAAAACGUAUAUCACUCUGGGCUGGCCACAUAAUGACAAAACGGACCAGGAAAUUGUGCAAAGGCAACUGACACGCUGUAACGAACUGUUUUUCUUAUUUCUGCUCGCUACGAGUUGCAACGGCUAGCUCAGAGAGUUUGUGAAUUCGUCCAACCAAAUUUAUGAUUUGUGUGAUUGUCCGACCAAGGAAAAGACAGAGGUUCUGAUUGAAGUCGCUUAAUUGUAAUGUUUUCACGGCUGACUCCUCCGGUGAUCGCGUUGCUCCUGACAACGGACCACGUGCCGGCUCGAAUAGGAUUAGGAUGUUAUGGGGCAGGGUGUAUCGUCUGACCCUUUCAAACACGCCAGGUCCAUGCUCACUUUCCACUUGCACUGCUCGUCCUUCCGUGUCCUGCGGGCCACUUGCUGCACGACACCUCCACAGGUUGCUCUUCCUUCACUAACUUCUCCGCACGCUCUGACUCACUGACUCCUUGAACGCGCGUUCUAGUUCACCAACUGUCGGACGUUCUAGCCUACUCCUCCGCCUUCAGACUCCGUUCCGACUGGAGUACCCGGCCGCGUCCUUACCCCUCUCCUCGACUAUCGUCGAGUACGUAUGGCUCCUCGCUUGUUGUGACGGACUGCCCUUGACUGUAUGUAUACAUAUUACAUACAGCUGUGUUCAUAAAAAUAGCAGUGCGAGAAAUACAAAGGUAUUUUUCCAUGUCCCUUUUCGGAAUCGAUUUUUUUUAUUCCACUUAUUUUUGUAAAAUUGAAUGUGUAGAUAGGGAAAAUAAGAAAAUCCUGUUAGUUUUUCAUGUUAUCCUUUUUUUAUUCACCUUCUUGAGGAAAUUCAAAACCUUUAGGCUGUUCAUAAGAAUAUCAGUGUCCGGUUUUGUCCAACGUAAUGUCCCGAAAUUAUCAAUAUUUUCUAAAAAGUGUUUUUGGCUAAGUUAAUUCGUAUAUUUAAAAGGGCAAUAAAUUAAAAAAAAAUAUAAAAAAAAUUAUAUUUUAGUAGGUAGAGGACCGCACUGCUGCCAGGAGAAAAGAAAGUUAAUUCUUAAGCUAAGAAAGGAAGGAAAAACGUAUAAGGACAUUCAAAAAACCCUUGAAUGUUCUGCCAAAAUGGUAUCCAAUGCCAUUAAAUAUGAAUGGAAGACCGAUAUAGACAGAUAUAGAGGAUCGACGCACAGUUCGUUGCAGCAAAGUCUAUCCAUUUUCAUCCUUUAGGGACAUAAAGUCUAAGCCGAACUUGGGAAUCAGCCACGUUACAAUUCGGAGACGACUACUGAAUCAGAAUUUAAGUGCGAGGAGUCCACGAAAGGUGUUCCUACUUAGCCCAAGGCAUAAUGUUAAGCUUCGCUAAAACCUACUUAAACUGGCCAGUCUCCAAAUGGCUUAAUAUCCUUUGGACUGAUGGAUCAAAAAUAGUGCUAUUUGGUGGAAAUGGUUCACUACAGUAUAUCUGACGACCUCCAAACACGGAGUACCACCCAAAACAUCCACUGAAGACUUUCAAUCAUGGUGGACCCAAAAUCCUGGUAUGGGCUUGUUUUUUUUACAAUGGUAUGAGUCCAUAACAUAUAAUUUUUGAUAUUAUAGACCAAAACGCAUAUGUAAAUAUACUUAGUGAUGUCUUACUGUCAUAUGCUGAAUAGAAUAUGCCCUUAAAAUGGACAUUCCAACAUGAUAAUGAUCCGAAACAAACAAGCAAAUCGGCUAAGAAUUGGUUCACCCAAAAUAGAAUAGAUUUAAUGCCGUGGCCAGCACCAUCUUCCGAAGUAAGCCCGUUUGAAAACCUCUAGGAGAAAUUAAACAAUUUGUGUCGAAGAACUCCCCGACGUCUAAGGCGCAGAUUUGAAUGCAUGGUCAAAAAUUCCUCCCAAACGUUGCCAGGACCUGGUUUACUACAUACCGCGUGGGUGUAAGGCUGUGUUGGCUAACAAAGGCUAUCCAACCAAGUAGUAGGUCCUAAUUAACACAUUAAAAUAAAACGUUCUAAGUCGAGUUGAAUUUUGUUACUAUUUUUUCAUAGCACUGCUUUUUCAGUGAACAAUAAAAGUGAAACGAUUGUUGAAUUGCUUAAAAUGAAUUACCAAAUGAUAUUGUAAAAAAAUUUGACCAUUAAAACUGUAUAUCAUAGGAAUUUUAUAUCUUAUGCCCGCAGGUCCCACGCACUGCUAUUUUUAUGAACACAGCUGUAUAUGCAAAAUGAGCAAUAUUUUUUGGAUUGUCACAGAAAUCCCUUGUACCAAAAUUAUUUUAACAUUUUAUCGUUAGCAGUUCAUAAAAGAUAAAAGUUAACAUAAAAUAAGCAAGAUAGAUAUACAAUCUUGUAUUGAUGUUUUUAUACAUGUAAGUUUGCGACAUUAAACAAAUUUCACAACAUUUUCGGUAAGCCUUAAUUCCAAUAUAUUAAUUGGACAUACGGUUGCUAUAGCCUUGCAGAAGAAAAUAAGGUAUAUUUUAAUCAGCCCCAACGCCGUGCUUUUUACCCAUAAGUGAUAAACCUUUAUAUUAUCAGACUGUUCGACUGUCGAUCAUCCGUUUUUCCGCAGCCUUUCCAAUUCCUAUUUAUAAUGGUUUUUACCCAGGCAAAUUGCACUGAUUUGAAUUAAUAAUUUAUGUUUUUUUUUUAAUAUAUUAGUAUAAGGGGAAUCCUACUUAAAUUUAAGUUGGAUUACUCUGUAUGAUAUACAUAUAACUGGAAUAAAAACGAUUUAAAUAAUCGGAGUUAAACUUUAUUAAAACCGUGCUUUUUAUAUAAUUUAAAUGAGUUAUUAACUGCAAGGGCAUAUAAGCUUGCCGAACAAAGCUUUCUUUGUUGGUCUAUCUACCUUUGCAAAGAACCAUGUUUUGAAAAUUGUUAAAUAAUUAAUAAAAAAUUGGCAAAGAUCACUGUUUUGAAAAUUAUAAUAAUAAUUAAUAAUUAAUGUACAAAUUGGAUGAGUAUAUUAUUUUAUAACUCUUUCUGUGUCAUUUUUUUUUAACAUCAACGAUUUGACUAAUAAAAAAAUUUGUCAACUAAAACAUAGAUUAUCUUGCAAUAGUCACCAUUCGAAAAACACAA